UAAAAAAAAUGCAGGAGAUUUUUUAUGCCUUCGCCACUAUAGCGGGGAAUUUCAUAAUUUGAUGCUGGAAACAUUGGUAUCCGGUAUUCUUUCUAGUUUUUGACAGCUUUCAAAGCUAAGCCUGAACCAUGGCCCCCAGGAAAAACAAAGUUGCGAAAGAGGAGGUGCAGGUGACCCUCGGCCCCCAGCAUUUGGUCGGCGAGACGGUAUUUGGCGUAGCUCACAUCUUCGCCUCCUUCAACGACACAUUCGUGCACGUUACCGACUUGUCUGGCCGGGAAACCAUCGCCAGAGUGACUGGUGGCAUGAAGGUGAAGGCUGAUCGUGAUGAGGCUUCACCCUACGCUGCUAUGUUGGCUGCUCAGGAUGUAGCCGAAAAGUGCAAGACCUUGGGCAUCACCGCCCUGCACAUCAAGCUGCGUGCAACUGGUGGCAAUAAGACCAAGACACCUGGUCCCGGAGCACAGUCUGCCCUCAGAGCCCUGGCUCGUUCCAGUAUGAAGAUUGGCCGCAUCGAGGAUGUGACCCCCGUGCCCUCUGACUCUACCCGCAGGAAGGGUGGUCGACGAGGACGCAGGCUGUAAUCUGUUAGUUGUAAGCUACUGUCAACUGUUCUACUUUUAAUAAAAGUUUAACGGUA